CAGAAGAAGCAUGAAAGACAAAAACACAAUGGAGUUGAAUUCCUCAGCUUCCAACUACACAAUUUCGGUGAAUGGAACAAUCCCCGUUGCGUCCACUAUGGCCACUAUCACCGCCCCUUUGGAAAACCCUUCUUCGGUCAACAGUUCCGAUGACUGGAAACCCAUUGCCUUGUGGCCGGGGAUGUACCAUUCUCCUGUGACCACUGCUCUUUGGGAAGCAAGGACCAAAAUUUUUGAGAGGCUUCUUGACCCACCAAGGGAUGCUCCACCUCAAAGUGAAUUGCUCACAAGAACCCCUUCACAGAGCAGAACCAGCAUCUUGUACAAUUUUUCCUCUGAUUUUGUGCUUAGAGAACAGUAUAGGGAUCCUUGGAAUGAGGUUCGAAUUGGAAAGUUGCUGGAAGAUCUUGAUGCUUUAGCUGGAACUAUUUCUGUCAAGCACUGUUCUGAUGAAGCUAGCACAACAAGGCCACUUAUAGUUGUCACUGCUUCUGUCGAUAAGAUUGUACUAAAGAAGCCAAUUAGUGUUAACAUCGAUCUCAAAAUAGUUGGUUCUGUUAUAUGGGUUGGGCGCUCCUCAAUAGAGAUUCAACUGGAGGUUACUCAGUCCAACGAAGGUACAGUUCUUAGUGAUUCAGACUCAGUAGCACUAACUGCUAACUUCAUAUUUGUUGCCCGAGAUUCAAAAACUGGGAAGGCAGCUCCAGUGAAUCGGAUUUCACCUGAAACUGCUAAUGAAAAACUUCUUUUUGAACAAGCUGAAGCAAGAAAUAAUUUGAAAAAAAGGAAAAGAGGAGGGGAGAAAAGGGAGUGGGAGAAUGGGGAAGAAAAUAGACUUCAGGCCCUACUGGCUGAGGGUAGAAUUUUCUGUGAUAUGCCAGCCUUAGCUGACCGAGACAGCAUUCUUCUAAGGGAUACAAGCCUUGAGAACUCUUUAAUAUGCCAGCCACAACAAAGGAACAUUCAUGGUCGAAUAUUUGGAGGUUUCUUGAUGCAUCGUGCAUUUGAAUUGGCUUUCUCCACGGCAUAUGCCUUUGCUGGAUUAGUUCCUUACUUUCUAGAGGUUGAUCAUGUUGAUUUCCUAAGACCUGUUGAUGUUGGGGAUUUCUUGCGUCUCAAAUCAUGUGUUCUGUACACUGAGGUGCACGAUCCAGAUCAACCACUUAUUAAUGUUGAAGUUGUUGCUCAUGUUACAAGACCUGAACUGCGUUCCAGUGAGGUAUCAAAUACUUUCCAUUUCACUUUCACAGUACGUCCAGAGGCAAAGGCAAUGAAAAAUGGAUUUAAACUUCGAAAUGUAGUCCCUGCAACAGAGGAAGAAGCAAGCCGUAUAUUAGAGCGCAUAGAUGCUGACAACUUGAAUGAAUAUUUCAGAACAUAAGAUGAGAAACAACAAUUAGCUGGUAAAGUAUUUAAAAUGUCUACUACUUAGUAUGUAAGAAGAAGUUCAAAGAUUAGCUCUUUAUAGUAAUUUUUUCCAUCCAAUCAAUGUCGGCACCAGUGUGCCUUAUAUGGCUAGCAUGAUUGGACUUGAUAGAAUGCAACUGGUGCUAAGAUAAGUAUAUGAACCUGAUUUCUGUAGGCACCUGCUCAUAUCAUAGAUAAAGACUAGACUACAUCACUCCCUUGGUUGUCUUCACAUGUUCUAUGUAAUGUUAAACCUUGAUUAAGCAGCUUUGUGAACCUAAGAGCUGUACAAGUAGAAUGUGGAAAGAGAACUAAAAUUAAUGAAAGAAAACUAAAUAAAAUUUGUCCAA